UCCUGGAGACCCAGAAGCGCAGAAUUCCUCCUCAAGCUCUCCAAAGUGAUCACCCCCUUCUACUUGUCCAUCAGCAACUGAUACUCAUUACAGAGCUCCCUUAUAAGCCCAUCGCCACCCAGUUUGUCAGCCAUCAUCGGCAGCAUAUCCUCAAAAACAGCCCCUUUGCCGAUCCCUGCCAUUGAUGAUGAAGACCCUUUUUGUUGCUUGUGAGUUCAGAGAAAAGAGAGGGAAAUGAAAACAGAGUUGAUCGCGGUUGUCAAUGGUUGAGGCAAAGGGACUGAAUGAACACACACACAUAGCCCAUAGGGAAGAGGGGAUCAGAAGGAAGGGGUUCUUGGAAGGAACACGUAAUGCCCAAAACAACCCCAAAAAAUUAUUUUUUUUAUUGCCCAAAACGACCCAAUUUGGGGUCGUUUUGGGCUACCGCAUGGUGCGGUAGCUUUUCACUACCGCACCUAAGCCGGAUCCCUCCGGUCCCUCUUUAGCUGGUAAGCCAGCCAACCAAAAGCCCCAUACUCCCCAACCACCACACGGCGGCGCAAGAACAGCAACAGGAAGGAGAAACCGCAACAGUGGAGGAACAAAAAAGAUUCAGCAAUCAACGUAAUCUCCCAAGAACGAAUGCUCUGAUACCAGAAAUUUGAGAAUCCUAUCACAGCGUUUUAUAGCUGAGAGUGUUGUAGCAUAGAGGAUGUCGGUGCUGAUCGCGACGAGCUUAGGGGACAUAGUGGUGGAUUUGCACACUGAUAAGUGCCCCUUGACCUCCAAGAACUUCUUGAAGCUUUGCAAGAUCAAAUACUAUAAUGGGUGCCUAUUUCACACAGUUCAGAAGGAUUUUACCGCACAGACAGGUGACCCGACUGGAACAGGGUCAGGUGGCGAUUCAAUCUACAAAUUUCUAUAUGGUGAUCAAGCUCGCUUUUUCAGUGAUGAGAUUCAUCUUGACUUAAAGCAUUCUAGGACAGGCAUUGUUGCCAUGGCCAGUGCUGGAGAGAAUCUUAAUGCUUCUCAGUUCUAUUUGACAUUGCGUGAUGAUCUGGACUAUCUAGAUGGGAAGCACACUGUUUUUGGGGAGGUAGCUGAAGGGCUUGAUACAUUGACUAGGAUAAAUGAAGCUUAUGUGGAUGAGAAGGGCAGGCCAUAUAAGAAUAUCCGAAUCAAACAUACAUACAUUCUGGAUGAUCCUUUUGAUGAUCCUUCCCAGUUAGCUGAGUUGGUUCCUGAGGCUUCCCCAGAAGGAAAACCAAAGGAUGAGGUUGAUGAUGAUGUGAGGCUUGAAGAUGAUUGGGAGCCUAUGGAUGAGCAACUCGGUCCUGCAGAGCUUGAGGAGGUUCUCCACUCAAAAGAAGCACAUUCAAGGGCAGUUGUACUUGAGAGUAUCGGAGAUAUUCCUGAUGCUGAGAUGAAGCCUCCCGAUAAUGUGCUAUUUGUUUGUAAACUGAAUCCAGUUACUGAAGAUGAAGACUUGCAUACCAUCUUUUCACGUUUUGGAACUGUAUCAUCGGCUGAAAUAAUUCGUGACUUUAAGACUGGAGAUAGUUUAUGCUAUGCAUUCAUAGAGUUUGAGACAAAAGAGGCUUGUGAACAAGCAUAUUUUAAGAUGGAUAAUGCUCUGAUUGAUGAUCGACGGAUACAUGUGGAUUUUAGUCAAAGUGUUGCAAAACUGUGGUCCCAGUACAGACGCAAAGAUCACAAAAUGGGUAAAGAAAGAGGUUGCUUUAAAUGUGGUGCUCUUGACCACAUUGCCAAGGAUUGCACUGGGGGCACAGCCGUCAAACAGCAAACUCAAAAGUAUAUUUUAAAGGAUGAUAACAGACAGCGAGGUGGAGAUAACAAUUCUAGCUAUGAAAUGGUAUUUGAUGGAGAAACUCAAGAAAGUCCAAAAGAAGAAAAGAGUCAUCAAGGAGGCCAUGAUCCAGAUGACCGAGGUGAGAAGCAAAAGAUGUUAAGGCGAUGUUCCGAAGACCCAAGGCAUAGAGAUCAAGAAACUAAAGAGUGGAGUGAUAGGCACAGGCACAGGCACAAUGAUAGAAGUCGAGGAUACACAGAGGAUGAAAUGAACCGUGAUAGUAAAUCAAGGUUAUAUGGUGGAAGUAAAAGAGAUGGGGAUUAUUUUGAAGAGAAAAGGGAUAGAGAAAAGUACAAACGUAGAGAUGUAGAUGAUAUCGACAAAGAUGAGCGGGUUUAUAGAAAGAGAACUCCAGAUAAUGAUGGCCAUGUAGAAAGGAGGGAUGAUGGAGAUUAUAGGAAGAGAAAUAAAGAUAAUAGUUCUAGUCAUGUGGAUGUGGGAAGUAGGAAUCAGAAAGAGUAUAGAAAGAGAGGCGAAGAAAAUAAUAGCAGUAUAGGAAGGAGCAAUGGUAGAGAUUAUAGAAAUGAUGAUAGGCACAGGGAAUGGAGGGAUGACAGAGAUUAUAGGAAGAAAAAAGCAGAGAGUGAGAGGCGAGAAACGACAGAUGAGGCAAGUGAGAGAAAAAGAAAUGCAAAUGGUGAUAGCUAUAGCCAUAAAGGGAGGAGGGAGAAUGCGAAACACUCGAGGUGAGAGGAGGAGAUGAUGAGGCUUUGUGAGCAAUGAAACUUGGGUUAUUUUGGAAUUAAUUUAUCUACUCUUCUAAUCUAAAUUUUUUACUUGUCUCAUGAAAUACCCUACUUAAUAUUCAAGUUAGGGGAAGUAAUACAAAUUCACAAGUAAAAAUUGAUAUAGCGCAUGAGACCUGCAAUAUGCGGUACAUGUAUCCUGCUGGAUCUGAUUUUGUUUAGCAUUUUGUUUAUAUAUAUCUGUGUUUUAAUUCUA